GCCGGGGGGCGGGCCCAGGGGUGCGGAGGGAUCCGUGGCGGGCCGCGGAGGCGCUCCGCCUCCCCUCAGGCAGGCUUGCGGCGCGGGCGGCAGUUGCUGUGGUUUCGGUGCUGAGGUGGCUCUGUGCGCGCCCAGGCUUGUGGAUCCCCGUCGCGCCGCCGCUUCCCGCCGUCAGUGGCUGCAGCUCAGCGUCCUUCCUUCGGACCGGCGGCCUCCUCUGGCCUUCGCCGCUCGGUGCCGACUCUCAGUCCGGGGCCUAGGGCGGCUGCGGGGCCGCGGCCGGCGAGAUGUUCAAGAACACGUUCCAGAGCGGCUUCCUCUCCAUCCUCUACAGCAUCGGCAGCAAGCCCCUGCAGAUCUGGGACAAAAAGGUACGGAAUGGCCACAUCAAAAGAAUCACUGACAAUGACAUCCAGUCCCUGGUGCUAGAGAUCGAAGGGACAAAUGUCAGCACCACAUACAUCACAUGUCCUGCAGACCCUAAGAAGACACUGGGAAUCAAGCUGCCUUUCCUCGUCAUGAUCAUCAAAAACUUGAAGAAGUAUUUUACAUUUGAAGUACAGGUCCUAGAUGACAAAAAUGUCCGCCGGCGCUUCCGAGCAAGUAACUACCAGAGCACCACCCGCGUCAAGCCCUUCAUCUGCACCAUGCCCAUGCGGCUGGACGACGGCUGGAACCAGAUUCAGUUCAACUUGUCUGACUUCACCCGGCGGGCCUACGGCACAAACUACAUUGAGACCCUGAGAGUGCAGAUCCACGCAAACUGUCGUAUCCGAAGGGUUUACUUCUCAGACAGACUCUACUCAGAAGAUGAGCUGCCAGCAGAGUUCAAGCUGUAUCUCCCAGUUCAGAACAAGGCCAAACAAUAACUGGACGGCAACUAAGGGGGACAGACUCUGGACGUGACUCUUAGUUAGAAACAACUACAUGGAGACAGUGCAAACCAUUUAAAUAAUCCACUGUGCUGUGGCUCAUUUACUACUGGUGUCUUUGUCGUGGACACCAGUGACCAUGCCACAGUCUGUUACUUGCAUUCUAAGUUCAGUGGGGAAAGCAGAGCUUUGAGUGACACCAGCUGCUGGGGUUUCCUCUGCUGCCUGCCCUGGCACGUGAGACACACUCACACCAGACGCACGGAAUUAGAGACGUCCUGCAAGGCAGAUCAGACCAAUGCUUCUUCUACAGUUUAUUCUUUCUUUUAUAUAUUAUCUAAAUAUAUGUAUAUGUUGUGUAAGACGCAUAAUCUGGAAAUGAAUAAAAUGCUAUAUUCUUGGUUUGUAAA